CUCGAAGGAGCUUCAGGAAAUAAAUCUAUCGGUGCGAGAUAGCUACAGAAAUGAUUCGGUGUUUGUGUAGUUUGAUAGCACGUCAUCACUAUUCUAUCUGUGCAGUAGCAGGCACAAAAGCGCGGUCGCCUCAAUCGGUGGUAGAGCAGAAUUGCUGGAAGCCAAAACACGAAGUCGGUUUUUGGACGUCCUUCUGCUCGUUGGAACAGAUAGUUCAGCUACUAGAGCAUCGGUCUUCCAUAGAUGACAUUACAGCGAGAUAAACCUCGAUCUCUUCACUUCGUUUCUCUUCGUCAACUCCAACGGUCGUAAGUAGUUUCUUGGUGUCUGCAUGUUGAUUUGUCAUUUCAAUUUUCCUACGACCGAAACUUUUUCACAUCAAGGCCACCAUUCUGGACCCCCACUAAAACAAAGAAACUUUAUUUCCCCCGUAGAAUCUCGAAGAAAUCAUUAUAUCAACGAUCAUCCCCCCAAAACGGUAUUCUAUACUAUUACAACCCUCUUUGUGUACACUAAAAGACAAAUACCUAGGAUGGUACCAAGCUCGUCUUGUACAUCUAUACUUUGCUGGCGAGCAGGACCUCCUGAAAAAAUAGAAGACACGUUUCCGUUUCCAUUCCUCUACUAGCUGUAAAAUUUUCGAUUACAAAUAGAAUUUCUCUCUUACUGCGGGUAAUUUCACGACAACAAGAAGUAUUUCUACAUUCCCCCAACAUAUCUUCAACGAUCAUUUCUCAAACGUAAUUGAAGUUUCUAUAAUUUUCCCCGAAAAUAAAAAGCUUCUCCUGAAGCAUUAAACGAAAAGCUUCUCCUGAAGCAUUAAACUACCGCAUCUUCAUUUUAGUAUUAAGCAGCCAUGCAUACCAUCAUCAACCUGAACAGUACCUCCAAGCUCCCCGGCGCAGGAGGAGCCGGGACGACGAGCGGCAAAAACCGGCUCACGAAGGGCGCGCUGUCUAUUGCGCAGAACCGGCAGCGGCACGAUCCCACGCGGAGCUUGCGCGACACCUCCGACCGCUUCGAAAAGUACCGAUCCGGGUCGCAAUUGAACGACCGCAAGGACGGCUACCACAAGUCCGACAAAGUCCUCGGGCACGGGGCCAAGGGCGACGUGCACGAGGCGAUCCGCGUGGAUAUCCUUUGUAAAAACGUCCCCACCCCAGAGUUGUAAUGCAAAUGCGCAAUGACAGGAACAUUUGUAAUGCGCAUCCCCAUGAGAGGUAUUUCCAAUCGUGAUUUGGCAUUUGUAAUGCUGUAAACAGGAUUAGAAAUUGGCUUUCUCAUGCGGCUUGCCUUACUAUGCACCACUAUACUACAGACGAAAACUUGUCAUGUACAACUCCCAAAGCUUGCCGAUUUGUCUAGCAGAUUUCCCAUCUUGACUCUGGUGUGGGGACGUUUUUACUCAGGAUAGUGGAGGGGGGCUGCUUUCGGUACGUGGCGUUGAAAAGGAUCAAGCUGUCUUCGAUGUCGUUCAACACGGCCCGGGCGACGAUGUACGUGGAAUUAAGAGUGGCGGAGCUGGUGAACAGCGUCAACGAAAAGGAGAUCCAGGAGAAGAAAGAUUCUCAAAAUCUUGCGCAAGAGAACAAGCGAAUAAAUCUCAGCCCCAUGUCCUCCUCCACGCGGUUGGGCGGGUCGAGCUCACCCAACAGUAGCGCCAGCGGGUCCGGGAACGAAGCCGCUGGAGAUGGAUUAUCUUCUCCGAAUGGGAAUGGAAGUCAGAGUCAUCACACCAGGUUGGCCAAGAACCUGGCCUUGACUGGUGAUCAUGAGCCUGGGUUUGGUGCAGCGGCUCAUUCGACGUCGAUUUCUUUCUCUGGCGCUCCUUUCUCCACUUACGAAAACACGACGGGGAUCCGGCGCGCUGAUCUCGACAGCCACAACAGCAGCUUCAACCAAAAAACUACAGGCCAGCAUCAAAACCUCCCGCCCUAUCAGAAGAUUCUGACCGUUUCCAAAGGUUUGUGGGAGGCGGCGCGACCGCGCUGCAAAAACCUGAUCCAGCUUUUGGACUGGUUUCCGGGGAAAGACGGCAUUGACCGCGAGAUCUUUUUGGUCAUGCAGCGGGGCGACUUGGGCUUGGAAAAAAUGAUCAACUUUGUCACGAAAAAGCGCACGGACUACGAGUCCAGCUUUGCCACGGCGAAAGUGUCGAUUUUACGGGAGAAGAACCAUUUUUACAAUCUGAAUCAGCACAUUCUAACCCAAGCGGACGCGGAUCUGAUGCACGCGAAUCGGGGGGUGCUCGAGUCGGUCGACCGCCACGGAGAAAUUACCGCCAGCAUGCUGAACAAGCAGCUGGCGGGGCAAGACGCGCGGGAGUUCCGCUCAAACUUCGCCGCGAAUUCGUGGGAUCAUCACGGCAACAGAAAUAACAGUGGUAACAACGACAGUUCGUUCAACGUCUACAACAAGAAGGAAAACAAAUUGAAUCAAACGAUCAAGCUCCCACCCAUCAGCCGUACAGUCAGUAACACUUCAUCCGGUGCAAGAACCAGCGCCGCGGCCGCUGCGAAAAAAGCGGCUAUUUAUCCACUGCAAAAGUAUCGUACUCGUAUAAAUGCGAAUCUAGCAUCACAGAUCUGCUUUCUUACCUGAAUCUGCAUGACAAAUUUCAUUUUUCUUCUAGGAAAAAUUUGUCAUGCGAAUUGUACUAGUACGAAACUUUUGCGAUGCAUAUUAUUAUGAACAGCACGAUGUCGGUUUCGCUCUCGUCCGGCGAGCCGCUGGAUUUCGACGGCAAGAGACUGCCGAAGAGCCUGCGGGUGCCGGGGUACUUUAAGGGUUUUCUGGAGAGAAACAAGCUGAAUGGGAAUAGCAUGAGCACCUACGUGCCCCCAAAGCAGAUGGAGGGCAGCCACAGGCAGAGUUCGCCAACCUAUAGAGGUUUAACAUCUCCUCGUCUGGAUGAAGACGAUCUAUUUGAUGCGGUUGAACCGCUUUCUGGAGGUGAAGACGACGAGGGUUUUUCUUCCUCUUCAGCCACAGCAGACAGAGACGAGAACUACACUAUCAACGAACAGAACCGCAGUCGGGGCCGGAGCAAAGCAGAAAACAAGCGCCGCACAUCAAGUCGUCCACAUCCGACCGCAACCACGACCAGGGAAGAUGUUGUCGAAACUUCCACAAGGGACAACAAGUCAACGCAACCCGCCGCGACCAACUGGCGGACUCUGUACGAACAGGAGCGCGCCACCCGGAGGUCCAACAACCACUACGGUGGGGCCAACAACGUGGACAUCCGCGACCAGAUGUCGGCGGGUGCGCAGCGGUUUGCGGAGGGGGAAAUCCGGAAGGUUUACUGGCACAUUCUGUCCGCUUUGGACUACCUGAACUCUCUGGGAAUCGUCCACCGGGACGUGAAGCCGGAAAACAUUCUGUGGUGCGAGCACGACAAGGCGCAGACCUUCCCCAUGAUGCACCCGGCGAGCGCUUUCAACCCGUUUGGAGGCGGCCCCGGCCCGCAGCGGAAUUUAGAGGAAAGUGCUGUAGAGACGAAAAACCUGCCGCAUCACUUCAACAGCCUGAAAGAGUACAGAGAGUACAUGAAGGAACAGGAAAACCUAUUCUGAGUAAGAACAUCCCUACCCCAGAGUUGUCAUGCAAAUCUGCAUGCCAAAAAAGUUUCUCAUGCGAAGCCCCAUGAGAAGCUUUUUCUAGUCGUGUUUUGGGAUUUGUGCUGCUAGAAAAAGCAUGAUAUGCUAGACCUGUGAGUCUGCUGAACUAGCUAAACAGGAUUACACUACGAGGACAAACUUGUCAUGCGACACAACCAAAGUUGGCUGAUUUGUCUAGCAGCUUCCCCAUUUUGACUCUGGUACUAUGGGGACGUUUUUACACAGGAUAAAACCAGAAAGAGCAAGAGAAACUGGACGAACAGAACUUGCUCAGCGGGAACAGCGCAGCAGGGUUCAUGAGCUUUCCAUCAAACAGUAAUUAUUCGUCGAGCAGUUCUUAUGGGAACAACACUUCUUCUUCUUCUUCAAACUAUCGCACCAGAACGCAGCGCAGCACGUUUCUGACCGAGAACACUCCCUUGCCGCAGCAGGGCGUCUACAAACUCUCCGACUUUGGGUCCGCUUUCAUUUUGCCAAACGCGACCAGUUUGGUGAACCAAAGGCAAACCAUUCUGAACAAACAGCCAGAGCACGUGCAGAAGAAGAUUCUUGACGGCGCGCAGUCGAACGGCAUCGGGAGAAUCCACAUCUACAACGAAUCUCGGCAAGCGGUAGGCACGUUGUCCACCAUGGCGCCGGAGGUCAUGCGGGGCCAGGCACACGACAACAGCUGUGACAUUUGGUCGCUGGGGUGCGUGUUGUAUGAACUGGCGCAGCUCGAGAAGUGUUUCAUGCCGUGGGAGCUCUCAGCAUAUCAGAUGGCGAUGGAGGGGUGCAGUGGGUUCGCGAAUGGGGGGCUGUUGCAACUACCCGCCUGUUUGAAAAACGCAAAAGAGCAGCUGGGUAAAUCAGGAGAAAACAGCCUCCUGAAGGUGACAAUAAGCGCGACGGAUAGUGCGGGUGCCCGAGACAGGUCUGCGUCAAACAACAGCAAAUAUCCACAGAUCGAAAAGCUACACCAGCGGAACCGCGGGAAAAAUCCCAGACCAAGUGUGCCAAUACCGAGCAAGGGCGAGCGAAUCCACCGGAAUGACCUGAAACCAAAGUAUCUAUCGAUAAAUUGCAUUUUCAUUUAAUUUUUGCUUCCGUUCCUCAAAUGUAAGUAGACCCAGGAGCCGCAUAUAAGUACAUACAUGAUCAACUUGUCGUGUCAGGCUCGUUUCUUACUUAGUACACAGAAAAAAUUCAUCCCAUUUCAUGAAAACCAACAGGGGAAGCUGGCUCCGGUGGACGUAUAGCAACGGCCUGCGUGCUGCUGUGGCCGAAUGUCUGGAGUACAAGCCAAAUAACCGACCGACGGCGAGCAAACUCUUGGAGGAGAACGAGAACGGCAUCGAAAAAGUAGCUCUGAACAACAACAGCUCCAGCGCCUGGACGGCACUACGGGUGUUUAACGACAUGUAAAAGUACAUGCAGGAGCAGUGCAAAACCAAAAGGACUGUCGGUGUCGGCUCAAGUGUCGACUUCGUAUAAUGGAGAAAAGCGAAAGGUUGUCGAGUUAUUGCUGCCAGCUUUAGGGGUGUGUCGCUGGAUUAGCUUUAGCCCCCAUCUAAGACGAAACGAUGUCGGGCAUCGCAGCAGCAAUUCGUCACCUCCUUAAAAAACUUUAAAUUUUGUUACGAAAGGAGCCACAACACAUGACAUACCAAAAAGAAACACACAUGUGGUCGUGAUGUAUUACACAUUCGAUAUCUUGAAAUUGUCUUCCUUGUGUACAGAGUCAGUCGAAGAAUUUUCGUUUUCCUCAGUGGAGGCGUGAGGAAAAAUCCGUGCUGGUCAUUCUAGUUGAAU